AGAAAGAAAAGUCAGCAUUUUGUUUUGCAUAGUUGAAUCUAUGAAUUAAUGAAUGUUCUUCAUAAGCUAAGUCAACCCAUAAGAGGGAAGAUGAGUAUAUAAAUUUCUUAAACCAACCACUCGAACCACAAUAUUGUCCGACUAUCUUUUGCAAGUUUCAACUUAAAACCCAACUGUUUUUUAUAUACAAAGUUUAAAUUAUCGUAAUAAAUCUUGAUCUCGCCAAUGGCUACUCCCGUUUCUGGUAUUCAUGGCCAACUUCUUGAAGUGACUAUUGUUGGGUGCUCAAGAUUGAAAGAUACAGAAUGGUUUUCGAGGCAAGAUCCAUAUGUUUGUGUGGAAUACGGCAGCACUAAAUUCAGCACUCGAACUUGCACAGAUGGUGGUAAAAACCCGACAUUUCAAGAGAAAUUUGUGUUUACGUUAAUUGAGGGAUUAAGGGAGUUAACUGUUGUUGUCUGGAACAGCAAUACAGUCACUUUCGAUGACUUGAUCGGAAGUGGAAGGAUUCAGUUGAGCAAAGUUCUUUCUCAAGGAUAUGAUGAUGGCUCUUACUCAAUUCAAUCAAAAACCGGAAGGUAUUCAGGGGAGGUCCGAGUGAUAAUGCACUUCUCAAAUGUUAGCAAGCCUGCAAAGAACCAUGCCUCGUCAGCACCAUAUGCCGGAUCACCUGUACCCCCACCAUCAGGAUACGGAUACCCUCCGCCAGCCUCAUCCGGAUACGGAUACCCUCCACCAGCUGCAGCAGCUCCCUAUCCAGCUCCAGCCUCAGGAUAUCCACCAUCCCCUGCCUACCCUGCAUAUCCACAGAAUGCUGCACCCUAUCCCCCCACUCCGUUCCCUCCCCCUCAUUCAGCCGCUUAUCCUCCCACACCAUUUCCACCACCAGCUGGGUAUCCUCCAUCACAAUAUCCGCCACCUGCAGGAUAUCCUCCAUCGCCAUUUCCACCUGCCCAGCCCUCAAACCAGUAUCCUCCAGCCCCAUAUCCAGGAAGCUAUCCUCCCCAGUAUUAAGAUAUAAAUCUGGCAGACCAAGGACUGAAGCGACAUUCACAAACCUUCAUGCCUUAUUCUCCAGAUUAUGAUACAACCUAUGCGGAUAGCUGGAUGAAAAAAAUGUUUAUAUGUUAUCAUGGAUAGUACAUCAAAAACAGUUUGGUAGUUUUUCGCAACUUUUAUUCUUUUUUUUCAGACAUACCCUUUUCGCAAAAUAUUUUGUAGACUAUAAAAUUCAAUAAAUUUGUUGGUUAUCUAUCCUAUUUGGGAAGAAAUGCCUUUAUUUUA